AUAAAGCAAGCUGUGUGGUUUCCUGUCUGUUUUGUUGCUUUGGGUGUGCAUAGAACAUAUAAAUUGGGAACAAGAAGGAAGGGCUCCAAUAAUGAGGAAUAUCCUGCUUUUAUAGUAAGUUUUAUUUGCCUUGGUCCCUUUUAAAACAGUCUUCUAAUACACUUAUUUUAAGGUAAUAUCUACACCGGUACUGUGGAUGGGAAGCUGUGGAUGAUCAGUGGUGACCGGCUGCAUUUCAUUACUCACAUGGGGAAGGAUAUGCCUGAAUGUGGAACUCCAGACUAUGAACCAAUAUGUGGCCGGCCCCACGGAGUCCGAAUGGAUCAGGAUGGUAACUUGAUUGUGGUGGAUUCCUAUUUAGGCCUGUACAAAGUCAAUCCAAGGACAGGAGAGAAAACCCUCCUGCUAUCGAGUGAAAAAGGUGUGGAUGGACUUCCUUUCAAAUUUCUAAAUGGAUUAGAAAUAUCAAAGAAAAACUUGAUUUAUUUUACGGAUUCAAGUAGCAAAUGGGAAAGACGACAUCACAAAUACGAGGUAAUCGAAACAAACCGUCUUGGUCGCCUCUUGGCCUAUGACCCUGUAACAAGAACAGGAAGAACGGUGCUCGGUGGCUUGUACAUGGCAAACGGGAUCGCGCUGUCUCCCUGUGAAGAUUACAUAUUAAUAGCAGAAACCAGCAUAUGUAGAAUUGUGCGCUACUGGGUGAAUGGAACUAAUGCAGGAAAAAAAGAAGUCUUUGUGGACAACCUGCCUGGGUACCCUGACAACAUCAGAUUAUCAAACACAGGCUUAUACCGAGUUGGAAUAUCUACUACUCGCCUGCCUAGUUUCUUUCCUCCUUUUCUGGAUGCUUUAGGACCGUAUCCAUUCCUGAAGAGAUUUAUUGCAAAGGUGACUCCUUUAUCAUUCUACAGCAUUUUUCUUCACAAACAUGGCUUGUUCUUAGAAAUUAACGACAAAGGAGACAUUGUGGCAAGCUUCCAUGACCCUGAUGGUAGCGUCACUUGGGCUGUCAGUGAUGUCUUUGAGCACGAUGGGAAGGUGUAUCUAGGUAAUACAGAGCUGCCUUUUCUUGUGGUGCUGCAGCAAACCUUAUCAUUUCCAUAAGCUGGAGCAUCAAAAGAAAAACGGCAGCAUUGUUUCAAGCAGCUGUUAAAUAUUUUUCUCUGCUUAAUGGAAGACUGAAUGAGAAACAAAACUGAUACCACCCCGUUAAGCAGAAAUUAAAAUACGACGCAGAAAUACUUGUUUUAGAAGCUUGUGAAAGCCUCGGACUUAGAUAGGCUAAAGGUACCAAACCACCUUGCUCUGUAGUUCAGAAAAGUGUUACAUAUUUUUUAACAGCUACACAGAAUCAUCCAAGGAAUCCAACUCUCAGUGGCACAUAUCUUACUGCUGCUCACAGUUGCCAUUCUGGAAAAAGCCUUAUGCAGGAUUUUAUUCUUCCCCUUUCCCAAAGGCAGAACACACAGCUUUUAAUUAUGAACAGCAGUUUCUCCAUUGUCUCUUUUGCUGAAGUUUUCCAUCUAUUCAACUACAUCAGUUUCUGGGGAAAUAUGAGCAAGUACAGCUUGCACUUAAAUUUGUUCCCUCACCUCAGUGUUUCUUCCUGGUGCAAAGCAGUCAUGUGUUGUCUUGCUAAAUGCUGUACCGAAGGUUCCCUGUGACCACAGAAAAGUUCACUAGCGGCCACUGUUAGACAGCAGGGCAAUAAGCAGAGAACAGCCUUGUAAGUUAGGAAGUCAAUCUUUAGAAACGUGACACAGCUUCAUCCUUUGGAAAGCUUUAACUGAAGUUCAGUAACAGAAAGAUGAUAGGAAGUUUGAUAGGCAGUUUAUUUUUUCUUUCCCAAAAGUGCAGCAGUGAACAGGGUCCUCUGGAAGGGCACUUUCUAAAUAAACGUUCAGAACAGCAGAAGUUAAGUACGCUCACAACAUGCUACAGCAAAGUAUGCUCACAUACAGAGAGAGUACUACAAACAAAAUUCAUUUUAAUUGAAUCACAAUAAAUGACAGCUGUUUCGUUAUGACAAAAUACUGUAUUUAACUUGUAGAAUCAGCCUUAAAUUUAACUUGACUGAAAUGGUAUUAUACCUGCUUUGGGUGUGUGUUUGCAUUUGUGUGUCCCUGUUACAGCUUUAUUCCUCAAAAUGAAGCAGCCCGAUUUACUGGGCCUGCUCUGGGUAAGCAUGUAGUGGCUGUAUUCACUUAUGCUGAAGUGAUGAUACUGCAUGGCUUUUGGUUUAGGAUCAUGUAACUAAAGUUAUUAACUGUAUUUCUCCCUGUAUAAUAUCUACUUUACCAGACUGGAUUGUUAAAAUUCACAGCUCUGCUUUUGAUAAUACAGAUUUUAAAAAAAUAAAUCACAUUUUACCUAAACCCAACUCUGUACGGGUAAGGCCCUUUCAUUUAGCCUCCAGUGACAAGGUACAGAUACAGCCACGGUCAAAUAGCAUAUGAAAUGGAAUAUCCAGGAAGACCAUUUAGUUUUAAAAUCACUCAGCUGGGAAUUAGAUCUGGAUAAGAGUCAAAGUUCCUUCAUCGCAGUCUUUUAAUCAUCAAGGAUAAGAAUUAACACUGUUUAUUCAGGGUGGUAAAAAUACUCAGAAUUAGCUGCUUCGCGGAAAUAAGACACCUGACAAGUGACAACAAACUCCUCUACAAGCAAUGGAAGGGCAGGUAGCUGUUGGUUCCUGUUCUUCCUACAAGUACAUCCUUCUGCUGAACAGUUCUUAAGUCUUCAUCAAAAAGUGUGAGUGAAGCAGCUAUUUUCCUGAACCACUGUUCUCUUUUUGGUUAAGUCAGGACUGACCCAUUUCAUUCUGAAUUUCAAUUUUAUACAACAUGUACUACCUAUGGCAGAUUUCAGGUACAGUGGGGUUCUCUGACAGGGCAUGUGUUAAGUUAUUGAGCCUAGUUACAGACAAAAUGCUUUUACAGGUGUGUGCAGAUGGCAAGUGUGUUAGUUUGGGUAAAACACCUGGUGAUACACACUGCACAAUCCAUACCAGUUCUGUCAACUUUCAUGUUAGUUAUUAGGCAAAAAGUAAAUCAUUCGAAAGAGAAUUUCCUUGUUAUGGCUUAAGAUCACUUUAAGAAAAGAUGGCAUAUGCAUAACAAUUUUUUUUCUAUUAAGAAGCGUCAUAAUGCACAUUACUUGCACUGAAACUUAACUCAAGUAGAAAUUUGACCUAUGACCUAGGUUUGAUAGAACUGUUGAGGGUUUAAUGUGCAGCCAUUGAUGUAUUUCACUCUAGCCUCCAUACAGCUACCAAAAUAAAGUUUAAACAAAGAACGUGUCUAAGUUGCUAGAAUUAUCCAAGCAAAAUGCUACAUUAAUGAACUUUAGGUUUAGCUCAGUGUGUAACAAAACACUUGAGAGCACGAAAACAACUUUGGUUUUGUUUUUAAAGACAAAAAGAGAGCCUGAAAGGUAGUGAUGGGCAAUACUAAGGCUUGAGAAACAAGUAGGAUAAAGCUACAGUUGUAGUGGAGGGGGAAAAAAAAAAAAAAAA